GUGUAGAACUUGCCACUGGCUUUGCAUUGAAACAUAAGCAAAGUGCUGCUGGUAUAUAUGUAUGAAGAUAUAUUCACCUCUCAGAUUUCUUUUAGGUAUAAAGAAAUUUUCCUGGCAUUCUUUCACACAGUAUUGGAUUAUGGAUGACAGCCUGGGGAGCCUGCUGUCUGGAGGAGACCUGGAGGACUUGCUGGUGGAUUAUCAAUCAACAAUUAACUACUCUGCAUCCUAUGAUGGCAUCUUCCUCUACUCUGAACUGGACAUUGACUGUGAACUUGAAACUAUUCCAGCAUUUGCACUGAUUUUUUUUCCAGUGCUGUACACUUUGUUGUUUGUGACCGGCCUUGUGGGAAAUGCUUUGGUCAUUUGGGUCCUAAUGGUCUUCAAGAAAGUCAGGGCCAUGACUGACAUCUAUCUGCUGAACCUUGCCAUCUCUGACCUCCUCUUUGUCUUCUCUCUCCCCUUCUUGGUUCAGUACUCCCUAGCGAGCCAGUGGACUUUUGGCAAUGCCAUGUGUAAAAUUGUCAGCUCAGCUUACUUCAUUGGUUUCUACAGCAGCUCCUUCUUCAUAACCAUCAUGAGCAUUGACAGGUACUUGGCCAUUGUGCGGUCUGUGUAUGCUCUGCGGGUGCGCACGUCCACCCACGGGGUCAUCGCAAGCCUGGCCCUUUGGGUAGUCGCCAUUUUAGCAUCAGCGCCAAACCUCAUUUUCUUCCAGGAAAUGGAUGACAGCAACAGGACUGUGUGCCUGCCUCACUAUCCUGGUAGCAACAACAGCUGGAAGAUUUUCAGUAAUUUUGAAGUCAAUGUCCUGGGGUGGCUGAUCCCGGUGGGCAUCCUCAUUUUCUGCUACCACAACAUCUUGAAAAACCUGCGGCGAUGUCACACUUGCAAUAAGUACAAAGCAAUGAAGCUGGUUUUCAUUGUCGUCAUUGUGUUCUUCCUUUUCUGGACCCCCAUCAAUGUUGUGCUCUUCCUGGACUCCCUGAGGAACAUGCACAUCAUCGAUGACUGCCAGGCAAGCCAAAGGCUCGACCUAGCCCUGGAGCUGGCUGAGGCGCUCUCCUUCAUCCACUGCUGCCUCAACCCCAUCAUCUACGCCUUUGUGGGUGAGAAGUUCAAGAACUAUCUCUGUGAGGCUUUUGGCAAAUAUGCACAUUUUCUCUUGAUCUGCAACAACUACAGUGUGUUCCACAGGCACAAACUGGACAGGCACUCCUCUGUGCACAUGGCGUCCUCGCAGUCAUCUUUUGUUGGUAGUGUCUUGUAGAGCUGCAAGCCAAAAGCUCCCAUACUUCAUGCAUGACCUCAAAUUGAGAAGUCCUCCCAGUGAUUCAGCUAAUAAGUCUUCUGGUUGCCUUAGUGUAGGAAGUUAAGGUGCAGUGGCCCAUUACCUAAGUGUGACUAGGAAAUCAUGCAAUGCUAGAGGAAGCUGCAGUGUACCUUGCUCCAUGAUAUGCUGUAAUACUGUUCUGAGGAGGUAUCUGCAUGGAUGCAAUUCUUCUGAAAUACUUCUCCGUUGUUAGCAAAUGUGAAUGAGAACUUCAAACACUGAAAUUAACAUUGGGAA